GCGAGCGGUUCAAUGUUUGCGAUCCGCGUUUUCAGCCGCUUUUCGAAAUUUGAGUUGGCGAUAUAAAAACCGCAAAGACAAAGAACACCGCAAAAAGCGAUGUAAACAAAGAGAUUACAAAUAAAUCUGCGACAUUGCCAGUGCAUGCUGCACAGAAAACCUAAACUCAAAACGAAACGGGCACUUGUAUGUGUACAAAGUGAAAUCAGCUGGACAACAAGAUUUAGUUAGUUGCUGUUGUGCCAAUUCUGCCGCUUUAAGUGCCAAAUAUUCAAAGUGAACUAAAACAAAAAUAAAAACGAAAAUACAAAUUCUAAAAAACAAACAAUUAUGGGCAGACAGUCACUUGUCUCAAGUGUUUGGCUUUUGUCCGGAGUUUUAUCACUAACAUUCGCCGGAGCAAAUGCCUACGGAUUUGGACGUUGCCCGAAUUACCCAUCGAUGCCAAAGUUUAAUAUGAGUCGGGUCCUAGGACAUUGGUUCGAGGUGGAGCGCUCGUUUUACCUUCCAGAAAUCGCCUCUGGCUGCACCACCUUUCAGUUUGAGCCCUACAACAAGGCGGAACUAUCCAAAUUCGCCAACUUUAAGUUGGCUGUGGCCAUCAAAAACAUCAACCGCAUAACUGGUAAUCCUAAUGUUAACAUUGGCUAUGCGACGCCGGAAAAUAGUCGAUCUUCCAUUAUGGAUUUUAAGUUUACCACCCGUUUUCCGGAGGUAAUUGCCAGAUUGCUCCCUGGAUCUGGAAAGUACCAGGUUCUCUACACGGACUACGAGAACUUCGCCAUCUUGUGGUCCUGCGGCAGCAUCGGCUCCUUGGGUCACUCCGACCAGAUCUGGAUACUGGGACGUGAUCGGGACUUCGAGGUGGACAUCCGCUCCAAGGUGUACGAUGUGUUGAAACGAUUGUCCUUGGAUCCGGAGAGGCUGAUCAUCAGCAAAAACAAAAACUGCCCAGAGGCGCUGUAAAAGGCGCCUUUUCCAGCUCAUCCCCCCCUCAUCAUCAAUAUAUUAUUAAGUUCAUUCGGUUAAGGAACAAAUUCCAUUUGAUGCCUAAUCACUUAGGCUGCUGUGAUAUCGGAGGAGUGUGAAUCGGCGGAGUGAGACGAAAACCAUGCAAAUACAGAGACAAAUAAGAGUAA